AUGUCCUCUAGUACUUAUGCGGGCACAACAACAGGAUCAUCAACCUGUAGAACCGGCUCUUGCGAUUACAAUUGUAUGUCUGCCUAUUCGUCAACCUACGGUUCAAGCUACACAUAUUACGGUACUUGUAGUGGCACACUGACAACACGAGCAAUAUCGGCUUUGGUAUUGGCACUUUCUUCUAUGACACUUCUCCGUCACCAACUAUUCUAA